AUGUGGGCCCAGCAGAAUAAGUCGCAGCCGAUUGACGGCGGAGAUCUUCGCCACCCCUUGGCUAUAAGCACCACCGCAACCCUAGCACCUUCCCCUCAGCCUCAGCCUCAGCCUCCUGCCGCCGCUGCUCUCUUCUCCGGAGACCCUCCCCUCCCGAGACCAGCGAGCGCGGAGACGCCGGAGCGAACCCUCACCUGCCACUAUGGUGCUCUAGAACGACAUCGACCUGCUGAACCCGCCGGCGGAGCUGGAGAAGCUCAAGCACAAGAAGAAGCGCCUCGUGCAGUCCCCCAACUCUUUCUUCAUGGAUGUCAAGUGCCAGGGCUGCUUCAGCAUCACUACCGUGUUCAGCCACUCCCAGACGGUGGGGGUCUACCCUGGCUGCCAGAUGGUGCUCUGCCAGCCGACAGGCGGGAAGGCCAGGCUAACCGAGGGGUGCUCCUUCCGCCGCAAGGGCGACUAAAUCUUUGUGACGCAAAAGCUCUGCUGAUGGAGCUGCUAGUUCCCAGGAUGUAGUCUGAAAGUUUUGCGAAUGGCUGCUAUGUGAACCCAUGCUCUUUGAAUCUCUUGCUAGAAGUUACGUUGAGACACUGGUACCUUAUUAUAUUCUACAAUUGGGUAAGGAAGGUCAGACUAGCCGUGUGUCCUGGUGAUAUUCGGCGUCAAUGAAUCAUUAUUCCUGGUGCUGUUGGAUGACCCAA